GCCAACCAUCUCGAAAUUGUUGCUGUCCACUUCUUCAACGCAUCACCCUGCUUGUAGAGCGCACCGUUCAUUCCCGGCCUCCAAAUGGAUUUGCUCAGAUAUUUUAAGCUUUUUCUUUUUCUUCACGCUGUUUACGUGCACUGCGAACCCGGGCCGCUGAUAGAUAUCGUUGUCGAUCGGUACGACAUACCGAAAGUUUGUCCUCGAGAAGUUCAGACGGAUGACUUUGUCCGUUAUCACUUCAACGGCACUUUCUUUGCAGACGGGAAAAAGUUUGACUCCAGCUAUGACCGAGGCAAAGCCUUCAUCAGCCAGGUGGGCCUGGGCAGGCUCAUCACAGGGAUGGACCGGGGUCUUCAGGGCAUGUGUGUCAACGAGCGCAGGAGGAUCACAGUCCCCCCUCACCUGGCCUACGGAAGCAUAGGGACAGGUGGUGUGAUCCCUCCCGACGCCGUGCUGGUGUAUGACGUCCUCCUGCUGGACAUAUGGAACACAGAGGACAAGGUCCAGGUCCGGACGCUCAGCAGACCCCCGGGCUGCAACCGCACCACUGCUGCGACAGACUUCAUCCGCUACCACUAUAACGGCUCCCUGCUGUCUGGGGAGGCCUUCGACUCCAGUUACUCGAGGAACGAGACAUAUGACACCUACUUGGGACAGGGCCACCUCAUCAAAGGCAUGGACGAGGGUCUCCUGGGAAUGUGUGUGGGGGAGAGACGGGUCGUUAUCGUCCCACCCUUCCUGGCAUACGGAGAGAAAGGAUAUGGAACUCAGGUCCCUCCCCAAGCCACGCUGGUGUUCGAGGUGCUGAUGGUGGAUGUGUUUAACCCUAAAGACGGUCUGAAGGUGGAGGUGAAGGAGGUUCCUGAAGGCUGCACCCGCAGGACGGUGACCGGAGACUACAUCCGCUACCACUACAACGGCACCUUCCAGGACGGAAAAACCUUCGACUCCAGCUACCAGAGAAACAGCACCUACAACACUUACAUCGGUAUGGGGUACGUGAUCCGGGGGAUGGACAAGGCCCUGCAGGGGCUGUGUAUAGGAGAGAAGAGGAGGAUCACAAUUCCUCCUCACAUGGCAUAUGGAGAGGAUGGAGUUGGAGGCCUCAUCCCUGGCUCAGCGGUGCUGGUCUUUGACAUUCAUGUCAUCGACUUCCACAACCCCAAAGAUCCAGUUGGGAUCAAAGUUACCCACAAGCCCGAGGGGUGCAAUGCCACCAGUGAACCUGAUGAUUGGCUUGAGUAUCGUUACAACUGCUCCUUGAUGGACGGCACCCUGCUGUACUCCUCGGACCAUUACAGCUCCCCUUCGGUUACUACUCUCGGAGCAAAUAACGUGAUCCUGGGUCUGGAGGAAGGUUUGAAGGGCAUGUGCGUGGGGGAGAGGAGGGAGGUCAUCGUUCCUCCCCACAUGGGGCACGGCGAAAACGGAGCUGGAGGAGUUCCAGGGAGUGCAGUGCUCUUCUUCGAACUGGAGUUGGUGAAGCUGCAGAAGGGUGUGCCUGAAGGCUACAUGUUUGUGUGGCUUGGAGACGGCCCCGAUCCCCUAUUUCCUGCUAUGGACCUUAAUGGGGACAAAGAGGUCCCUCUGGAGGAGUUUUCAAACUUCAUCAGGCUCCAAGUUAAAGAGGGCAAAGGUCGACUUAGGCCAGGGGUCGAUGCUGACAGCAUCAUUAAGGACAUGUUUAAUAACCAGGACCGGAAUAAAGACAUGAAGAUUGUAGAGGAUGAACUGAAACUGAAGGUGGAUGAGGAGCCGGAACAAGUGAGCCGGGACGAACUUUAAAGAGUUGUGCUAUCGUCUGGGCUUCUGAUGUAUAUUUCUGGAACGUUCCGUCUAUACACAGGUCAAAUGAGUUGCCAUGGAGUCCACAUUCCCCUCCGACCCUUCCCCUAGAUAUAGAAAAGAUUUAAAAACCACUGGUUGUACAGUAUAUUUGGUUGAAAUAUUAAAUUAUGUAUUACAGUGUGUUGUGAAACAUAAAAUAAACUUUUCUAAUAAAA